CAAACAACAACUGGACCAGCCACAACAACUGGACCGGAAACAACAACUGGACCAGCCACAACAACUGGACCACAAACUACAACUGGACCACAAACAACAACUGCACCAGGUACAACAACAGCACCAAUUACGACAACUGGACCAGUGACAACAACAAGACCAGGAACAACUGGACCAGUUACAACAACUGCUCCAGGUACAACAACUGCACCAGUUACGACAACUGGACCAGUGACAACAACAGGACCACAAACAACAACUGGACCAGUUACAACAACUGGACCAGUUACAACAACUGGACCGGGUACAACAACUGGACCAGUCACAACAACUGGACCACAAACAACAACUGCACCAGGUACAACAACAGGACCAGGAACAACAACUGGACCACAAACAAC